AUGCUAGAUAAAAGUGAUAAUAGUAAUGAAAUAGAGGAUAUUAACUGGGAUGAGCCUGAACAUAAAAAUUCAACUGAUGAAAUAGAUAUAAAAAUUGAAGAUAUUUCUAUAACAGGCUCAAGUUUAACACCAUGUGCAAUUAUAAAUAUUAUUAAAAAAUGUUUCCAUCAGCAUGAUAGGCAUUUGUAUGAAAGACUAGAAGACAAAAAAAAGCUACAGCAUUUAUGUCAUGCACCAAACUUGAAAAACAUUACAAUGAUACAAUUAUUUAAUCUUAAAGAACAAUUAACUGAAGCUAAAAUUGCAAGUGUUUUGUCAAAACUUGAAACUAUCUCUUCAGAGUGGGAUAUAACAAGAGUUAAGAAUUAUUAUAACAAUAACAAGCAUAAAAAGUUAUAA